AUGGAGAAGAAGGACGAGCUGCCAUCAACACCAACCUCAUCAAAGGCCAAGGGCGACUCCUCGCCCUCGCCAUCGCCCUCGCCCUCUCAGGAGAGCGAGAAAACGGGCCACAAGCGAAAGCGGCGAAGCCUCUACCAGAGGCGAACGAGGUCCGGCGGCAGGAAGGCUGGCGGCCGAACAAAGAAGAAGAGGGACAUGGUGCUCGUGGUCAACGCGGCCGCGCGAAAGAGGAAGCCGCCGCGCAAGUACGGCAUCGACGAGUGGUACAACCGCGGCUGA